UAAAAACCGCGAAUCAUGGCUUCGUUAGGAAUGGAUUUCCGUUCUGAAUCUGUAAUUGAUUUCAGCGAUUUCUCCGAUUUCAACAGAAUGGAACCUCACAAUGAACCAAGUAAUGGAAAAUGGUACAACACGAAGUCUUCUUACGAUCUCAACGAAAAAGGAAGAAGCACCGAAGAUAUGUAUCAGAUGACUUUUCAAUCGAAGGAUCCUAUAAUUCCGAUAUCUUCACCACAGAAGCCCCCUAAGAAAAAACUAAGUUCAGUUGUUGGAGGCCAUGGACUUCCUGUUGAACAUCCUACAUCGUAUGUGGAAACACUGAUGCACUUACUAAAAGGAAAUGUAGGAUCAGGAAUUUUUGCCAUGGGUGACGCUGUUAAAAAUGCAGGAAUUGUUGUUGGACCAAUUGUUAUACUUUUCUUAGGCGUGAUAUGCCUUUACUGUCAACAUUUAUUGUUGACCGCUGCCGAAAAGGUGGGUUUAAAAGCGGAUGGAAGCGCUCCUGACUUUGCUGAAACGGUCGAAAUGGUAUUUCUGGAAGGACCGCCAAGAUUCCAGAGAAUGGCCAAGUUUAUGAAAAAGUUGGUGAAUGUAUUCUUAUGUGUAACUCAAAUAGGAUUUUGUUGUGUAUAUUUUGUGUUCAUAGCUGAAAAUUUGAAACAGGUUUUGAAGGAUUACGACUUGCAUUUGGACGUCCAUUAUAAUAUGGCAAUUAUAUUCCUCCCGAUACUACUAACUGCGUUAGUUCGUAAUCUGAAGUAUUUAGCCCCUCUUUCCAUGAUUGCGAAUGUGUUCAUGUUGAUAGGAUUAGUGAUAACUGUCUACUACAUUGCUCAGGAUCUGCCUUCGGUAGAGGAUAGGAAUUAUGUAGCUUCACUUCAUCAAAUGCCGCUUUUCUUUGGGACCGCCCUGUUUGCUUUUGAAGGAAUAGGAUUGGUUCUGCCACUACAAAAUGAGAUGAAAAACCCUAAGAACUUCUCAAGAACUUGUGGUGUUCUCAACGUGGGUAUGGGAAGUGUGAUAAUUCUCUAUAGCUUCAUGGGGUUCCUAGCUUACUUGAAGUUUGGGAACGAUAUUAAGGGUAGUGUAACCCUCAAUUUACCGAAUGAAGUAUUGGCCGAAAGUGUAAAGCUGAUGAUUUCCUUGGGUAUUUUACUGACUUAUGCUUUACAGUUUUAUGUACCUGUUGAGGUUAUUUGGCCCUGGGUGGCUAACCAAUUAGGUGAUCUAAAACAUCCUGUGUUUGCUGAAAUGAUUUUCAGGCUUAUUCUUGUUAUUAUCACGUUUAUUCUAGCGGAGGCAAUUCCGUACCUUCAACUCUUCAUCUCUCUAGUUGGAGCUGUGAGCAGUACAGCGUUAGCCCUUUUGUUCCCACCCAUCCUACAUCUCGUGAUAGCUUACAGCCGUGGUGAAUUAACGUUCAUUCAGAUUUUCUCCGACAUCGUUGUGAUAAUAUGUGGAAUCAUUGGAGCCUCCACAGGCACCUACGAGAGUGUUCAUUCCAUCAUCAACGCUUUUCAAAAUUCAACAACGACCAACUGAUAUCGACUCUAUCAUACGAAUAGGAAAAUAUUCCGAUUCAUUGCUACUAUUACUUCAUGAUUUGGGGUAAAAUUUUCAAAUAGACAUUGAAUAAGAAAAAACUAAUGAAUCGACAGACCGGUCGAUUUCGGUAUAAUUGACAUUGCAACUUGGCAGAAUGAAAGUUUUGGAAGAAAUAAAUCAACUUGGAGUUUAUGUUCUCGAAACUGAUUCAUUGACAACUAACUAUUUUGAUGUAGCGAGAUUAACGUUUAUGUGAUAUAUGAAUUUAGUGUGAUUUACAAAUUUUGCUGUAUUAAAUCAAUUAUAAUUAAGUGGGUUCCGGAAGCUGUGAUUUUUAAGUGAUAAUUAAUUCGUCGCAUGUGAAUCAGAUGGCAUAGAAAAUGUUUAAAGUUUUGAAUAAACUAAUGUACCUAGUCACCGACUAGGGUGAAAAUAUACCUAAUAGUUGAUAUUUGACAUUGUUAUGAUUUGUAGAUUGUUUUAUAUAUUGAAAUUUGUAACUAGAACUGUGAAUUUUAAUAUUAGCUAUUUACUCAGAUGGAUUUUUUAAAACGUCAGAAGGAAAUAUAAUUUAUUCCCCUUAA